CCUUUGCUUUUUGUGUGACUUGGAGAAUAUCAUGUGUAAACAUUCAACAGCAGGAUCCUACACUGGAGGAAGAUGAUCUAAUACUACCGGAAGCUGUGACAAUAUUCUCUGAGGGUGCAUCCCCUCCAACUGCUAGGGAGAUGUCAGCGAGUCCAGUGACCAACGGCUCCUCUUCCCCUCUGCCCUUGGGGGAAAGUGCAGUGCGCAACACUGUCAAGAUCAUCACUGGGGUAAUCUUCAGCCUCAUCUUCCUGGCUGGAGUGACUGGGAAUGGGAUAGUGCUGUGGGUCACCGGCUGGAAGCUCCGCUGGACAUCCAACACAGUCUGGUUCUUCAACCUUGCCUUGGCCGACUUGGCUUCCACCUCUUUGAUCUUUGUCACAGUGCUAAACUUGGCCCUGGACCUGCACUGGCCCUUCGGAUCUGUGGCCUGUAAGGUGGCCAACUGCUUGUUUGGGCUGAGCGUCUGCAGUGGCAUGUUGCUGCUCAGCUCCAUCAGCGUGGACCGCUGUGUGCUUGUGGUGGCCCCGGUCUGGUGCCAGAACUACCGCACCCCGCGCCUGACGUGGGCAGCGUGCGGGUUGCUCUGGAUGCUCUCCUUGGCCUUCUUCGUCCCCAGCUCCUACUUCUUUACUGAGGUCUCCUUGGAGAAGAACAACCGGAGCUCUUGCAACAACCUGGAUGUCUUCCAGGACUGGCAAGAAGCUGAGGUCCUCACCAUUUGCAUCUUUCUCUACCAGUUCCUCCUACCCUUGCUGGUGAUCUCCACCUCUUACACAAUCUUGGUGGUGACCAUGCACAAGAAGAAGCUCAACAAGUCCAGCAAACCCUUCUUGGUAGUCACCCGGGUGGUCUUCUGCUUCUUCCUCUGUUGGCUGCCCUACCAUGCCCUGGCUCUGGCAAGGAUUUCCAUACACGUCGUACCAGAUGCCAUGCGCCUGGUGGCCAUCCCCUUCUCCAAGUGCCUGGCCAUGUUCAACAGUUGCAUCAACCCUUUGCUCUAUGUCUUUGUGGGCCAGGAGUUCAAAGACGCGGUGAGGAGGUCCUGGCUGCUGGUCUUCAAGACAGCAUUUGAGGAAGUGCCAAUGGCAGCCAAUGUCUGAGAGGAGUGCUGGCCUCUUGGGAUCUCAUCUACAGAAGGCGGAGGCGGGGGGAGACACGACACUCUUCUUUCUGGGUCGAGGCUAAUUAUGGUGCAGCCUUGUAGUACUGGCGAGUGCAGUUGUACCAAGGAGAAGAGGAGCAGGAA